AGCCCCACCCCCAGAAACCCACAGUGGAGGAGCAGGAUUAAUCCAUCUGGCUGGGAGCUCACACACAAGCACCGAGCUGAACCCUUAUCCUGCCAAACACUUAUUUACUAGAGAUACAGCAAAUCUGCGCUCUCAUCCCCUCCUCCAGGCUCCGCACAGCACAGAAUGAACACUGAAUACACAGGUACCUUAGGGAGAGAGCUACCUUCUAUUCAAGGCCUUGCUUCUUAGGCUGGAAGUACACGGUGCUUGUCCUUCCGAUCCGACGCGUUAAGAGGAAGUGCAGGCGUCACGUCGGAUGAGGCGAAUAUAAUAAUGAUGCCUCGUUGGAGAUGGCUGUGUUUGGCAACUCUGCUUGUGGCAGCUGAAGCCCAUAUUAAACAAGAUGAGGAUUCAGAGGCAGUUUUGGAUGAUACAGAAGACUUCAGGGAGGAACCCAAAACAUUUUUGCAGGUUGAAUACAAGACUCCAGUUGCUACAGGUGAUGUCUUUUUUACAGAGACCUUUGAUGAUGGAACACUUAAUGGUUGGGUGCUUUCUAAAACAGUGAAGGAAGAUUCAGAUGGAGAAAUAGCUAAAUAUGAUGGCAAGUGGGACGUGGAAGAGUUGAAAGAAAACAAAGUCUCAGGUGACAUGGGACUAGUUCUAAAGUCUUCAGCAAGACAUCAUGCUAUUUCCGCUAAGUUGAAGAAACCUUUUAUUUUUGACAAGCCUCUGAUUGUCCAGUAUGAGGUCAAUUUCCAAGAUGGCAUUGAUUGCGGUGGUGCAUAUAUCAAACUUCUGUCUGAGUCAAACCAAUUGAAUCUGGAGGAGUUCCACGACAGAACACCGUAUACUAUCAUGUUUGGGCCAGACAAGUGUGGAGAAGACCAUAAAGUGCAUUUUAUUUUCAGGCAUAAAAAUCCUGUGAUUGGAGACUAUGAUGAGAAACAUGCGAAACGUCCCGAGGUUGAUCUAAAGAAAUACUUCACCGACAAGAAGACUCAUCUGUACACUCUGAUCGUGAAACCAGAUAACACAUAUGAAAUUUUAAUUGACCAAACUGUUGUGGGCCAAGGAAGUCUAACAGAAGAUGUUAUCCCUCCACUGAAUCCACCGAAAGAAAUAGAUGAUCCCAAAGACAAAAAGCCAAAAGAGUGGGACGAAAGAGCCAAAAUACCAGAACCCAAUGCAGUCAAACCAGAUGACUGGGAUGAAGGAGGGCCUGAAGAAGUAGAAGAUUUAAAUGCUGUUAAACCUGAAGGAUGGCUCGACAACGAACCUCACUUUAUUCUGGAUAUUAAUGCAAAGAAGCCAAGUGACUGGAAUGCUGAAAUGGAUGGAGAGUGGGAACCCUCAUACAUUUCCAAUCCCAAAUGUGAAACAGCUCCUGGGUGUGGUGUUUGGAAGCGUCCCAUGAUAAAAAAUCCAGAUUAUAAAGGCAAAUGGAAACCUCCGUUAAUUGAAAAUCCCAAUUACCAGGGUAUCUGGAAACCUCGGAAAAUCAAAAAUCCACAUUACUUUGAGGAUCUUAAUCCAUUCAAAAUGACACCCUUUGGUGCUGUUGGGUUGGAGCUGUGGUCAAUGACUUCUGACAUUUAUUUUGACAACUUUAUCAUCUGCUCUGACAAAGAAGUGGCUGACCGCUGGGCCUCUGACAGCUGGGGCCUGAAGAAGCUGGUGGCUAGUGCCAAUGAGCCGAGUAUGUUGAACCAGCUGCUGACUGCUGCAGAGGAGAGGCCUUGGCUCUGGGUUCUGUAUAUCCUGACAGCUGCUCUGCCUGUGGGUCUUCUGGUGCUGUUCUGUUGGCCAAGAAAGAAAGUGGAAGAAUCGGAAGAAGACUUUGAUUUUAAACUGAGCGAUUUGUGUGAUGAAAGUAACUUGGAGCUACAAUCAAAUGCAAAGGAAGUGUCCGAGGCUGGCAAAGAGUCUGGAAAUGAGGAAAAUGAAAAAAGCGAAGAUGAGGAUGAUGAAGAGGAAGCGAGUCUAGAAGAAGAGGAGGGUGCAGAAGAAAACCAGUCUUUGUCGGAUGAUGAGAUAAAGGAGUCAGAUGAAAGCACAGGAUCAGGAGAAGAAGUGAAGCAGUCUCUCCGCAAAAGACGAGUACGAAAAGAUUAACACCUUCAUAUCCCUCUCAUUUUUUAAUAUACAGAUGUCCCCCAGAUGUUUUCCAAUGGCUUCAACUCAAAGCCCUUUUUUUACCGGAUAUUUUAUGCACCCCAUUGAACCAGCUUCUUCCAUCUUGUCUAGCCAAGCACCAAGCUGGCAUUUGGGAUCAGCAAUCUGCUGGCUACAAAUAAAAAGUACAGAAUCGAUACAGAUACAUAUCUAUGCAGCAGUCUGGAGUCAUCUGCAUUGGAUAUGCAUGGGACACAUUCAAGGUUGUUUCAAGUUAAAAAAAACAACUCACCAAAACACAUUAGUUUGGGAAAUGUAACAUUUGUGUCAAUAUUAUUAGCUAUCCACUUAUUACACUUGUUUUCCUGCAGCUCCGAUUGUAAUAAUUGUUACAGUUAAUUUAUAAAUGGAGACCAGCUAUUUAUAUAUGAAUAUAUAUAAAGGCAUAUUUUGUAUACCUUAUAAAUUAUAUAUAUAUAUAAAACUACUAGUUUAUAUUGUACUUGUUGCAUAUAAAUCUGUAUUCUCUGCACAGAGCCAGUUUUCCAUUUUAUAGCUAGUAUAUAUUUUGGUGUUUGUUUAAAGUGAUGACACUUGGGAAACUGUGCUCCUUGGGGUCACCUUGCACCUGGAUUUUUAUGGGGAGUUGUGCUUUGACCAUUAAAUAUACUCAGUGUCCUCUU